AUGAGGGCAAAAAGAGAAGGGCUCGACCGCAAGAAUUUUUGUGAUUUAUAUUUUGUGGAGAGAUUGAAUGAUGUAGAAGUAAAAGUGUUCGGAUUAGUGUCCGUGGAAGCUAACAGCAACAUUAAUGAGAUAGAUAUUCGCAUUGAACAAUCUAUUGAAAAUACAUUGAUGGAAAUGAUUAAUUUUGCCAAUGAUAUCAUCCACAAUUCUCUACUAUCAAAUAAUAACAAUACUAAUAUAAAAUUGGAAUUUACAAGAAUAGAUAGGAACAAACUGAUCAAGAGAUUAGUGCUUUGCUUGAAAUAUUUCGUUGUAUCUAACAAGAUUCUUUUGAGACGAUUGGAAAUAAUAGCACUCCUGGUUCAAUGCAUUAAUAGUUUAUUUGAUAUUUAUAACAAGCUCUCUAUGAUGAACAACGUGUUGUUACUGCAAUACAAGGAAGAGAUGAAUUCUGAAAUAUCUUUACUUAUUGAAACUACUCAACUAUUAAGAUAUUUGUUGACUAGAUAUUUAAUUUAUAGACAAGAUGUUACAACAUGCUUUUUUCAUUGUAUCACUUUUUGUGUGCAAUCUGUUGAAGAAUACAAUGAGUUAUGUGAUCAUGGAUAUAAAACAAAAGCUAAUACAAUAUUGACAUUGAUUAGCAAACUAUUGAUAGAGGACGUAAUUGUUAAAACACUUUAUGAGGGAGAGCACAUGCCCAGAGAUCUGGUUGCUCAAUCAAUAGACUGUCUGCUCAACUGCAUCCAAUUAGGCCCUUCAUUAUUUGGAACAUUAUUUUGCAAUAAUUUUUAUAAUAGAUUUCAUUACAUUCUUCAAACACUACUCUCAAAGGAAGAGGCUAUUGAUGUGAAAAAUUUGGUAGGAGAAUGUUGGGCAGAGUCAUCCAUGAAAUUUCUCUCAACACUACAUGCAAUUCUUUCCGUAUGCAUUAUUAAUUUUGAGAAACCAGUCACUAUCAUGGCUGAAUUUACACUAUGUUUGAUGAAUAAUUAUUGGGAUAUCACAACCAUGCACUUAGACAACAUUGGACCCUUUCUAUUUGUUUAUGAGCUUUCAAAAAAGACGACUCCAUUAUACGAUCUCUUUUUCAUACCAAGCAAUAUAUCUGUAAUUAUUGCGUCGUUACAGUUCUGGAUGAUGCAUCACUACCGACACGGCAUGACACCUUCCUUAGUGCACUUGAUACAAAAAUGGAUGGAAAUAUAUUGUGACCACUUGAUAUCAACAAAGAACAUACACAACCUUGUGAAUGACAUGUUGCAAAGUACACUCAUUCAAACAAUAUUCUCUCUUCUUGGAAAGAAAGAUCUUCCGCAAGAAAUGCACACCUCCAUUAUGACACUACUCUCAUUCAUGAUAUCCUCGCUUAACAGUAACGACAUUUAUAAUAUCCACAUGCUUUCAGAUUUUCUUUCUUCCAAAGUAGUUGCGCCAUUCCUCUCGUUGAAUGUCCUCGAAAAUGAGAAGGAAAACGUACGCCUCAUGACCACACGUUUGCUCGAAGAAAAAAGACUUUUACCCUUACUGGUGGAGAAUCAACUCCAAAAGCACUUAGAGCGUCUGUUGGGAGCAGAAGUAGAGAACGUCGUUGAUUCAGAAUUGAGGUCACUCCUCUACACGACAGAGAAAGAGCUUAGCCACAUGAAAACCAUGCUCAAAAUGCUCCCUCACGAAGAGCAACAGCUUCUCCAAAUCACAGAAGGUAUUCAGUUCAGAAAGGCUCUAGAAGAAACAAAAUAA